CUCUGCGGCUCAGUGCUGCAGGGUGGACCUAUGAGAGGUGGGAGUGUUGUGAUCAGCAUCCUGAUAGAGAGACGGUGACCGGAGCUCCGAGAGCUUCAUCAGUCCGAUCCGCCAGCUGUGACCGAACUGAGCCCCGAGUUCCAGCAAGUCCGGCGGGAGUCCGUUUCGCUCUCUCUUCUGGUUUUUGUUGUUGCGGGCUGUGCGGGGAUGGAGGCUGCAGAGUGCGGGGUGUGCGGGGUGAAGGUGAUGUGCCGCUUCAGGCCGCUGAGUGAUUCGGAGCGCAGCCGCGGAGACAAAUUCGUCCCCAAAUUCAACGGAGAGGACACGGUGGUGUUGGCGGGGAAGCCGUACGUGUUCGACAGAGUCUUUCCUCCGAGCACCGAACAGAUUCAGGUGUAUGACACCUGUGCUAAACAGAUCGUCAAAGACGUGCUGGGAGGAUACAAUGGAACCAUCUUCGCUUACGGUCAGACGUCCUCAGGAAAGACUCACACUAUGGAGGGGAACCUGCAUGACCCCCAUAUGAUGGGAAUAAUCCCCCGAAUCUCUAGAGACAUCUUUGAUCACAUCUACUCCAUGGACGAGAACCUGGAGUUCCACAUCAAGGUCUCCUACUUUGAAAUCUAUCUGGAUAAAAUCAGAGACUUACUGGAUGUGUCAAAGACCAACCUGGCUGUUCACGAGGAUAAAAACAGGGUUCCCUAUGUCAAGGGUUGUACUGAGCGUUUUGUGUCGAGUCCUGAAGAGGUGAUGGACGUGAUCGAUGAAGGAAAAGCAAACCGACACGUCGCUGUCACCAACAUGAAUGAGCACAGUUCUCGCAGUCACAGUAUUUUCCUGAUCAACAUCAAGCAGGAGAACGUGGAGACGGAGAUGAAACUGUCUGGGAAACUUUAUCUGGUCGACCUGGCAGGGAGCGAGAAGGUCAGUAAAACUGGAGCUGAGGGAUCUGUGUUGGAUGAAGCGAAGAACAUCAACAAGUCGCUUUCUGCUCUUGGAAACGUCAUCGCUGCACUGAGUGAAGGAACGAAAACCCACGUGCCGUACCGAGACAGUAAGAUGACCCGGAUUCUGCAGGACUCUCUGGGAGGAAACUGUCGCACGACCAUCAUCAUCUGCUGCUCUCCGUCUGUUUACAACGAGGCUGAAAGCAAGUCCACCCUCAUGUUCGGACAGAGAGCUAAAACCAUAAAGAACACAGUUUCUGUGAACCUUGAGCUGACUGCCGAGGAGUGGAAGAAGAAGUACGAGAAGGAGAAAGAAAAGAACAAAAGUCUGAGCAUCAUGAUCCAGAAACUGGAGAAUGAGCUGAAGCGAUGGAGGAAAGGUGAGUCUGUACCUGUGGAGGAGCAGCUGAGCAACAGGAACAAGAAGAGCAGCACUGAGACGCCAGCAGUGAUUGAGAGCCUUGCCCCACCCACCGCACCUCUGUCUGAGGAGGAGAAGAUUCAGUAUGAGACGCUCAUAACCAACCUCUACCAACAGCUGGAUGACAAGGAUGAUGAGAUCAACCUGCACAGUCAGACAUCUGAGAAGCUGAAACAGCAACUGAUAGAACAGGAUGAGCUGCUGGUGUCCAGCCGUCAGGACUAUGAACGUCUGCAGGAAGAGCUAAACCGGCUGCAGAGGGACAGCGAUUCAGCCAAAGAGGAGGUGAAGGAGGUGCUGCAGGCCCUGGAGGAGCUCGCAGUCAACUAUGACCACAAGAGCCAAGAGGUGGAGAACAAGAAUCGCUGCAACGAGCAGCUGAACGAGGAGGUUGCACACAAAACUGCGGGUCUGGAGGCAGUUCAGAGGGAGUUGUCCACCUUGCAGGAGCUCAGCUGUCACCAUAAGAAGAGGUCUGCAGAGAUCCUCAAUCUGUUGAUCAGAGACCUCAGUGAGAUCGGCAGUGUCCUUGGGACCACAGAGCUCAAAGCUAUGACCGAGGUGAGCGGAGUGAUGGAGGAGGAGUUCACCACAGCCCGUCUCUACAUCAGUAAGAUGAAGUCUGAGGUAAAAUCUCUGGUAAACCGCAGCAAACAGCUGGAGGUCAACCUGACGGAGAACACCUUCAGGAUGGAAGUCAACGAGAAGGAGUUGAGCACCUGCCAGCUUCUCGUCUCACAGCUUCAGGCCAAGUUGGAAUCCCUGACUGCCGACCUGCAGAGGAUGGAGCAGAAGAAGAGGCAGUUGGAGGAGAGUCAGGAUGCUCUGAUGGAGGAGAUCGCUAAACUCCAAGCUCAGGGUCAGAUGCAAGAGCUGACGGUGAUGGACAAAGAGAAAGAACACAUGAGCAGACUGAAGGAUGCUGUGGAGAUGAAGAGAACAUUGGAGGAACAAAUGGAGAACCACAGGGAGGUUCAUCAGAAACAGCUAAGUCGACUCCGUGAUGAAAUCGAACAGAAGCAGAGAGACAACGACCAGCUCAAAGAUAUGAAUCAGGCCCUGCAGCUGGAGAACAGAAAACUUCAGUCUGACUUUGACAAAGUCAAAGCCGAGGAUCAAAACAAAGAACAAAGACUCCAGAAACUCCAGUUUCUGAAUGAGAAGAGAGAACAAGCCAAGGAGGACCUGAAGGGUUUGGAGGAAACUGUGACCAAAGAGCUGCAGACCCUUACCAACCUUCGGAUCCAAUUCAUACAAGACAUCACUUCUCGAGUCAAGAACAGCUCAGAGAACGACAACGACGAGGCCGGCGGCAGCUUGGCUCAGAGACAGAGGAUCAUCUUCUUAGAAAAUAACUUGGAGCAGCUCAGCAGAGUCCACAAACAGCUGGUCCGAGAUAACGCAGAUCUGCGCUGUGAGUUGCCCAAACUGGACCGGCGGCUGAGGGCCACAGCAGAGCGAGUAAAAGUGCUGGAAACGGCCCUAAAGAAUGCCAAGGAAUCGGCUCUGAGGGACCGCAAACGGUACCAGCAGGAGGUCGACCGAAUCAAAGAGGCAGUCCGGUCCAAAAACGUCUACAGGAGGGGACACACUGCUCAGAUUGCCAAGCCAAUUAGAGCAGGGCACCAGUAUCAUCAUCCAUCCUCUUCCCCGUCAAUUAAACCAACCAUUAGAGGAGGUGUGGCCUCCAGCCCUCGCCAUCAGUCCUCCCGACAUCAAGCAGCUCAACAGCAACAACAGCAACAAUAUCCACAGUGAAGCCACAAGUGACUCCAGCUGACUGGAUCAAGUUUUUUGUUCCUGAAGAUCUUUACUGAACUCUCCUGUCUUCACCGUUCUGCCUUUACUGGGAGCACCUCAUUUCCUUAACUUUCCUCUUCAACAGCCUCCCCCAGAUCUUCUUCUGUCAGAAAACAAGAUGAUCUUUUGUUACUGUGUGUGAUCCAGUCCGUUUAUUCAGCUUUUCCUUCUGCAGUGUUAAAAACUGAACUUUAGAAGAUGGUAGCCUACAGCCUCUGCUGCUGCUUGUCUCUCAAGUAUGACCAAAAUAAAGCACAUUGAUGCAUUAAAGUAAAAUGCUACAAUCAUUAUCUUUAAAUAAACUUUAAACUUUUAGACACUUUCCUGAUAAAAUUAAUAGAAAUCAAAGUUUUUCAUCUCAGGUCUGAUCUUUGUAUUUGUCUUUAUUUAAAUUCAGAUGAGAAAUUAAAUUUUGGGGAUUUUUUAUCCUCUUUUUGUCCCUCUAACAACUUUCAGUAAUAAUGAUUAUUAUUAUUAUUAUAAUAAUAGUUAAUAACAAUGAUAUUACUGCUUUUUAAUUCAAUCAUUAAAAUCAGUGUUAUUCAGUAAAAUAUAUAUUUUAUUUAGUCAAGUAUAUAAUUGUAUUAAGACUAAAUAAACCUUUUUGGAAAAAAAUAACUUACCUCAAAUAAUUUCAGCUGUUUGCCCAUCAUGGUUUUACAGGGUUACAAUACAUUUUUUCUUAAUUAUUGUUGCCAUGUCUUGAGUUGUUAGUUUUCUUUUUGUGAGUAUUUAAACAUACAAAUAACAGUGUUGCCUUUUUAACAUUUUAUAUUUUAUUACUGGACAUUUUGAUACUUUUUCUAUUAAUUUCUAAUUUCAUUGUUAUUGCUGGAGAGUUCCUCAGCUGUCCCUAAUAGUUUCUACUGUUCCUUCAGACAAAAUGCAGUAAACUAAACUCACCUAAACACAUCAUAAACUAGAUAAACUAGUUAGAACUGUGAUGUUUUUAUGUCUGUGGGAUUCAGAUGUUAAGUAAGUGUUGUGCUGUAGUUGUCAUGUUUUGGUAUUUGUAAAAAGCAAUCCCUAAUGUUUAAUACUUUGUCUUUAUUAUACUGUAUUUAUUUUACUAUUAUUAUUCUACUAUAUUUCUUUUAAUGUAAUUGUUAUGCAUAAUUUUGUAACUUUAUUUUUUAUUUUUUUAUGCAUAUUUUUACUGGAAUUAAAUUACUAUUUCUCUGUAACGCUUUACAUAAUUAUUAUACUGUAUUUAUUAUGCUGUAAUCAUACCACUGUAUUAUUUUACUGUAUAUUUGCAUUAAUUUUACUGUAAUUUAUUUAUUGAUCUGUAAUAUAUUUCUUUAUUUUACUUUAUUUUUACUGUUACUGUAUUUCUUACGGUUUUUAAUUGCAGGCCUCCUUUAAACUGAUAGCUGAUAUUUCUGUUGUUGAUGUCAUUAUUUUUCCUCCAGUAUUUAAAGCACAAUCUUCUGGUCUCCUGAGUGACAGAAAUAAAGUGUUACUGAUGUUA